AUGCCAGCCCUCACUUUCCUCCUACCACUAGCUUUGUUGGCUCUGGCCGCCACCUACAAGGCGGCCAUAACUAUUUACAACGCCUUCUUUUCCCCUCUCAAGAACAUCCCAGGCCCUACCGUUGCACGUUUCACUGAUCUAUGGUACAUCAACCGAGUUCGCAAAGGCCAUUUCGAACGCGACAACAUCUCACUUCAUCGCCGACACGGCCCUAUCGUCCGUUAUGGUCCCAACAGAUACAGCUUCGAUCACCCUGAGGCCGCUCAAAUUAUCUACGGAGUUGGGAAGUCGGACAAGUUUGCCAAAUCUUCCUUCUACAGAGCUUUCGGCACACCGAUACGUGAUCAGCCGAACAUGUUUUCCCACCAGAACAUCAAAGAGCACUCUCAGAUGCGUCGGCUCUAUCAGAGCACACACGCCAUGUCGGCCCUCGUCUCGUACGAGGACUCUGUCGACGAGUGUUCAGAUCUGUUUGAUCAGCGACUCCGAGAGAUGACUGGAGGUCCAGUGUCUGCAAAUGUCCAACCACAUGUUGACCUUGGUAGAUGGCUCCAAUGUUAUGCCUUUGAUGUCAUCGGUAUGAUAACGUACUCGAAAAGAUUGGGGUUCCUCGAUCAGGGCGUUGACAUAGCUGGGAUCAUGGAGUCUUUGGAAGAGUUUCUUGCUUAUUCCAGCAUUAUCGGUGUUUAUUCUUGGCUUCAUCCUUUCCUAUUCCAUCUGCGCAACUUCCUCGCCGGAAACACAGGCACCGGAAUCCAAUACGUGGUCAAGUAUACCGAGAAGCUCAUGAGAGAGCAUCAGGCCAAGCCCAAGAAUCUGGACCUAGAAGACGAAGAUAAUCAGCGCAUGGACUUCUUAUCGAAGUAUGUUGCUCGGCAUCGCAAAGACCCAUUGACGUACAAUGACUGGUAUGUUCUGAGUGGAUGUGUGUCUAACAUGACGGCUGGAUCCGAUACAACUGCUAUCAGCCUCUCAGCCAUCAUGUAUUUUCUCAUGACCAAUCCCAAAGUCGCAGACAAACUUCGUGAAGAAGUGGCAGAUCAUCAAUCACGAGCAGUACAUCCUCGCCACUUCAGCUUCAAGGAGACACAAGAGAUGCAAUAUCUACAAGCUGUCAUCAAGGAAGCUUUGAGGUUGCAUCCUGCUGUUGGUCAGCCGUUAGAACGGGUUAUCCCCGCAGGUGGUGCUACUAUUGCUGGACAGUUUUUCCCAGAAGGGACAAUUGUUGGGGUCAACUGCUGGGUAGAGCACCACAGCUCAGUCUUCGGCCCUGAUCCGGAGGUAUUCCGACCCGAGCGCUGGCUGGACACCGAUAAAGUUAGACUGGAUACGUUGAACCGCCACUGGAUGCCAUUUGGCAUGGGUGCAAGAACAUGCAUUGGGCGACACAUCUCCAUGUUGGAGAUUUCAAAACUCAUACCUCGCCUCAUUCGCGACUUUGACUUUACGUUUCCCAAAGAGAUUCAGAAUUUCGAGACCAACAAUAGAUGGUUUGUUAAGCCUCAGGGUUUUAAAGUACAAAUCCAAGCUCGGAACUAG